AUGUCUCAUAAACGUGGUUAUACGUCAUCAUUGUCUGAUGCUACACCUGCUGCUGAUUCUUUGAGAGAAUACAACAGUACGCCGUACAAACGACGAAAACAAACAGGUCAAGCUUUGGAAACAUUAGGUCAACUCUUUAAGGAUUCGUCUAUGGACGAUUCGGACAAUAGCAAGUUCAAUAAGAACGACAUACUUAGUUUAACAUUGUCGCGUCUCUUACGAUAUAAAUAUUGGCCAGCUGACAUUCGCAACCGAUACGUUCAGUUGGCAGCUGGAUUACAAAGCUCAUCGAUUGAAUGCGAUCUUACAGGUUUCGUCAUCGUUCUCAAUCAAGUCGGUCGAAUAAUCUUGAUCAGUGACAAUGUCGAAUAUUACCUACGUAAAAAUGUGCAAUCGCUUUAUCCUCAAUUAACAAGUAUCUACGAUUGCGUUAGCAAAGAUGAUCACGAAAAUAUCCGUCGCAUGCUCUCGAUGCCGACCAUGAAUGAAAAACAUGCUAUUUGCACAUGGAUUUUACCAAGAGGAAAACGGCCGAAUCGAUCACAAACGGAAACAAAAUCAAUGCUCUUAACAGGUCACUUUUUUUCAAUUGAAAACGACGAUGUGAAAGAACCACUGUUCGUUGCGCGCUGUGAGCAAAUCCUAUCGAGCACACCGAACGUGCCAACAAACAAUAUUGGUUCGACAAGUACAACAACGCUCCGCUUCGUUCUCAGCGAUCAACUUCAUAUCAACGAAAUUUCAUCGAAUGCGGAAUUAUUACUAGGUUACAAAUCCAGUGAAUUGAUCGAUCAAUCGAUCCGUCGGAUAUUACCAACGGAAUGCAUGGACACCUUGGAACAAGCGAAACAAAACUGCUUUUCGGGCGAACAUUGUACGUCGAUGAAUGUUUUAGACCUGUUUACGAGCAACGGUGAUCGAUUGACCUUCUUGUGCAAUACGCAUAUACUCAUUGCAGGUCGACGUAAAACAAUGAAACUAGGUUUUCUGGCACAACUCAUCGAUCCUUCAAUCCGAUAUGACUGCCUUAUCUAUGCGAACAAGCAAAAUAUUGAACGACAAAAGGCUUCGUAUCAUCAAGAGUCAAUAUUUAUGACGAAUUUUGUAUUAAAUAAUUCAAUAACAACAAAUGUUACAAUGUCACCAAAUGAUCAAUGUUUAACCAUGAAUGAUAGCCCAAAAGCCAAACGUCAAUGUCUUGAUCAUCAAUACAUGGAAAAAGAAAAUCUCGUUCGUUUUCAAUCACCUCAACAAUAUGCCCAAGUGCCUUACGAAACAAAUUUCAGUUACCAUUUCUCACCCCUACCUAAACAAGAACUUGGUCAUGUUGAUGAGCUUUUCAAUUGGCUUGACGAGGGCAACAUGAAAUCGACCAAUGAUGUAUCAUCCUAUAAUAACAAAACAUCCAUUCGUUGA